AUGGUGCCAGACGAAGAGUCUAUACUCCAUAUAAUCCGUGACUACAACGAGACUCGAAACCUUUGGCAUCGACUCUUAGACUAUGCCGAUCAACUUACUUUCUUUACUCUUGAUUUACAACCAUGGCUUCUAGCCAAUAUUUGCUCCAAGGCUGAUCGUUCUGAUAAAGAAUGUCCUUGGCAUUUUCUCUUUGUUUCUUUUGUUUGGCUUCUUCGGAAACGCAAGAACAAGCUCAUUUUCACUCAAGGAUGCAAAUCGGUGGAAGGAACAUUUUUUGCUACUUUGGCUUGGGCUCAUCAUUUCGCACGUUCAGCUAUGCCACAGCCUAGAUCUUCUCAAGGACCACAUCAGGUCAUUCAGUGGGAUAAGCCGCCUUUGGGGUGGGUCUCCAUCAAUAAUGAUAGUGUGGAAUUAUGGGGCCUAUACACAUGUAUUCUGGUUGUUUGGAACUAUGGUUUCGAUAAAGUUCUCAUCCAAUCGGACUGCCUUGAAGCUAUGCAACUUGUUUCUCAAUCUAAUGCAUGUGCAGACAGCUUCUUUGCUUUAGUUCGUGGCAUUUAUAACCUUUGUCAACGGCAAUGGGAAGUUCACGUUAAAUGGAUCCCACGUGAAGGCAACAUGGCUGCAGAUGCGCUCAUUAAACCCGACUAUGAUCAAGACUAA